AUGGCCCUCAAACUUGGAAAAUGCAGGCUAUGCCUCAAACUUGGGGACUUUUAUUCCAUCUUUACGGUGGACAAUUCUCUACAGCUUGCAGAGAUGGCAAUGGAAUGCGCUCGAAUAAAAAUAUAUGAUGGAGAUGGAUUACCAGACAAAGUAUGUUCAGAAUGCAUACAGAAGCUAAGCAGUGCUUAUAUAUUCAAACAACAAUGUGAGCGAGCCGACCAAGAGUUGCGGCGGAACUAUGUGCCACCACCAGGGUUCAGUAUCAGUCCACCGCCACCUAACAGACAGAGUAGUGACUCUGCCUUCUCAAAUCACACUGACAGCUCUAAUCUUACAAAACCCUCAUCUUCCUUUGAAGAAAAGAUAUCUCCAGCAACCAGAACGCGUAAACGUAGUAUAGAGAGCGAUGGAAAUGUCUCAAUGGGUGGUCAAUCCGGUGAUUUCAGACCAACAAGUUCAAAACGGAUCGAGGAACUUAGAAAUUCUCAAAAAAAGAGGCCCCGCUUACAAUCUGAAAACGCUUCACAGCCAGAUUCUGAUUACGAGGACAACAGCGGAUCAUACUUACCCGAAACUGACUCAGAUGAACCUCUUAUUAAGAACACAUUCAAGUGCAAGUCAUGUCCUAAACAGUUUACUACCUUCAGAAGUUUGGCUAAUCACACUAGAAUUCACACCAAAAGCAAUACUAAGGCACGAGACGUAGAUGCCGUUGUAGACCAACCAAAGAACAGUAACGAGGAUGCUGCAGAUGUCGAAGAUAAGUUGAGCUGUGAGAAGUGUGGAAAAACUUUCAAACUGAAGAUAAUGCUGAAACGACACGCUGAUGUGUGUUCGAAAACGCCUGUAAAAUCACCGCAGAAGGAGCUACUCAUAUCCCUAGCGCCCAUAGACGUCAAAGCAAAUGCACCACAACAGACUGUAACAACUUUACCAUGUGAAUAUUGUGUUGCUGUGUUUAAAACUCGGGAUAACUUAGCGAAACAUAUGAAAGUGGUUCAUGCGGCUGUUUUGAAGAGAGAAGCUGAAGCAAAUAGAAAGGUGCCAGUUCCUUGCUUGUAUUGCAACAUAAUGUUCGAAGACUAUCACCAACAUAAUGCGCACUUUGUGGAAUGUCCAAAGUUGGAUGACUCGAAGCCAUUCGUAUGCCCUGUAUGUGACAAAUGGACAUCUAGGAGGACGUCAUACUACCAACACCUUAGGAACAUGCACUUUGAACCUCGUGUUUCGUAUGUGGAGCAGGAACUCGAAAUGCAAGAAUACCACGAGUGUCGUGUGUGUUCGAAGAAGUUAGCGACUAAGGAACAACUUAUCAAGCACUUGUCGGCUCAUGUGUCUAAUAUCCAGGAUGAAGGCGCACUUGACAAUGACUCAAGGGAUGAUGCCGAUUCUAUCAAAUCAGUACAAAGCAACACGUAUCCGGCUGGGGGCCCGUUGAAAUGUGAUGUUUGUGAUAAAGAAUUUAAGUAUAAAAAAGCUUUGUUAACGCAUCAGCAAAAAUAUCACACAGACAGACCAGUUGAAGUCAAAGUCGAAGCACCCGAUAAAGCUUCCACUAGUCUUUUGAGCGAGAAGCAAUAUCGCUCAGAGUCAGAAUCUAGUCAAGAAGAAGACAAUACCUGCGAUAUUUGCGAGAAACAUUUCUCCUACAGACGUCUCUUGAUCCACCACAAGAGGACAAAGCAUAACAUGGGUUCAGGCCAUAAACGCGCCAAAAUCUACCUCAAGGACUGCUCCGUCCGCUGUCUCAUCUGCGAUCUGCAAAUGAAAGUCGGCGACAUAAAUGAGCACAAUCAAACGCACAUUGCAAAGAAUAUAAAACCUAGAAAUCUAUACACGUGCGCGGAAUGCGAAGCCACAUUUAAAGCGUGCAGUGCACUUGCAACUCAUAUAAAACUAGUUCAUAGAUUAAAACAGAAAGUAGAAGUCAACACAGUAAAUCCGUCGGAUUUUUGUGAGGUCGUUGUGACAAAGUCGGAACCGCUGGACUGGAUCCAGAGUCACAACGACUUUGGAGAGGUUCCGAUUGAGCAGGACGGCAAGCCACUGGUAGACCUGAGCGGCUUUACGUGUCCCAUCUGUGGGAAGAAGAUGCCCACACUCAUAUCUCUGAAGAGACACGUGAAUUGGCAUACUAACGUUGGCAAGAGCUUAGAAAAGAAAUACGAGUGCUUUGUCUGUAAAGAGGCUUUUAGAUUCCAAUGUCACUACAAGCUACACAUGCGCGAGCACUACACGGACACCACUCUGGAUCCAAGACACCUUACGUGCACCAUCUGUGGACGCAAGAGCAAACACCUACGCGCCGCCCAAGCGCAUAUGAACUUCCACAAACAGACCCGCUUUAAGAAUAAAGACUACCAAUGCUCCAUCUGCGAAAGAGUAUUCCAGCAUAGGAAAGUGUACCUCUCUCACAUGGCCAUACACUACAAGAGAGGGGAUAGCGUGCAAAACACUAUCGUAGGUCACGCCUUACCUAACAAUGUCGACAAGAACACUUUCGACGGGACGCACACCUGCGUGCACUGCGGUAAGGUCUGCGACUCUGAGAGUUCUCUAAAACAUCAUCUCAUUUGGCACACAUCCAAGACCUUCUUAUAUGGCGCUCGGCACGAAUGCCAGAUUUGCAAAAUCAAAUUCACUAACAAAAGACGACUCGAAAUCCACACAAGAACGCACUACGAGGACGACAAUGGCCCCUACAAAUGCAACAUUUGUGGUAAAGGAUACACAGACGAAGGCUACUUCAAAAAACAUGUCAAGGGCCACAAUUUUGAUCAUCAAUCGCAUAAAAAGAGAAUAGAGAACAUCAGAAAGGAUAAAGUGAAGUGUCCAAUAUGUUCGCGGUAUUACAAGGACCUCGUCAAACUCAUCCGGCACCUCAGAAGGACGCAUCCCGAGAGUAAGAUGAUCAAGUCAGACCCGGAUGCGCCCGCACAACCUUACUUUUCAUGCAAACUAUGCGCUAAAGUGUUCUUGGACGAGAGAAGGCUUCAAGCGCACGAAGAAGCUCAUUUAAGAAAGCCAGAGUUCUUUAAAUGUAAAUUCUGCGGCAAGAAGACAAUAUCAUUAAAAAAUCACAGAGUCCACAUAAAGGGUCACUUGACACAGAAGUAUUUAGACAACCCUCUGAAAUGUCCGCACUGUGAAGAGACGUUCGGUCGAGGUUACGAUCUGCACUACCACGUGCGAGACGUGCACGGCAUCGAGGAGACGUGGAUCGCAGACCGCACCGAACAGCGCCUGGCCGGACCGCUCAAGGACCUGCAGUGCUCCAUCUGUAUGAAGGUCCUCGCCAGCAAAGGAAACUUUGAGCGCCACCUCGACUAUCAUAAUUCUUUAAGAUGCAACUACUGUUUUGAUUAUUUCAGCUCCCUCAGGUUCUUAGAGGGUCAUCUGACGUUUUCAUGUGAUAAAAAGAAACUUUUAGGCGACACGGAGGUUUAUCCAAAGAAAAUAAAAUGUCACAAAUGUUACAAACCCUUCCACGUUCAAGUCAAACUAGAUUGCCACCUGCGCACUCAGCACGGUAUCAAAGUGUGCAGGGAAGCUUCAACAGGCAAAAAAGAAAUUGUUUGUGAUUAUUGCUUUAAAGUAUUCGAAAAUGAUUAUGCUCUGUCUACACACAAAGUUUAUCAUCGCACUGUUGGAUUCUAUGGGUGCAUUUAUUGCAAGCGAAAGUUUAACACGAUGACGGUAUAUCGAAAACAUAAGAAUCACCAUUUCUCACAGCUGAAUGUAGACGAACCGACUAAGUGCGAACAUUGUGAUGAAACAUUUGUAGCGUUCAGAGACAUGAUUUAUCACAUGAGAGACGUCCAUGGCGAUGAUAAAGACUGGGUGACGAUGCCCAAGGAAUCAAUCGAGGAAACUUGCAAAAUUUGUAAUAAAACAUUCUACAAUUUGCAAAGACAUCUCAUGUACCACGAGGAAAAUAGGUGCAAAAAAUGCGGCGAGUAUUUCUUUUCCACCGCUGAUUUCGAUAACCAUUUGUGCUCUAUAGAAAGCGAUGACGACGACAACGCUAACGGUGUGGACAGCACUUUCGAAAAACCUAAGUAUGAGGAGUGCAGCUUCUGCUUUAAACCCACCACCAGAAAAAGCUCUAAAGCGAUGCACGAACACAUCCACAAGGGAUCCGGUUCAAUAUCGUGUAGGUUCUGUGUACUCAAGUUCAAAACCAUGGACGCUUUCAACAUCCAUGCCUUCUCACACCGAAGCAGAAAGUAUAACAAGAAGCCAAUAAAAUGCAAGAAAUGUGGCGAAAAAUUCGUUAAGUAUGGGCUUUUUAUAAAGCACAUGAAACUCGUGCAUAAGUCGUUGAAAAAGAUGCAUUAUAGAGCCAUAGUGAAGCCAGAGCCUUGUGUGGUGUGCGGCGAAGACUUUCCCAACUUGCAUAACCACUACCGCGCCCACCUCCUCAACCAGUGCCAGUCUUGUCACAAAUACUUUACAUCCUCUAAAUUAUUCUCUUUGCACGAAUGUGACAAAGAAGACUCUGAUCCUUCUAAAGUAUUCAUCUGUGAUGUAAGUUUGAACGAGUUGAUAAACUCGUACGUUCCUAAAGAUUUGAAGGAUGAUGAGAAGUACUAUGGCAAUACUGACGACGAAGAAGAGGAAGAAGAUACGGUUUCUCAAGUGUGUGGUGAAGAUGUAGAGAGUCAAGACGGCAGGCACAUUGAUAUCAAAGACAUUGAUAUUGAUGAAAAUAAUAUAACUAGUCAACCAUUGUCUAUCCAAUCACCGAUUAUAUCUGAUGUGUUGUCACUCUACCAGAAGGAAAUGAAUCCCGAAGUCGUGGCCGAUAUUGUAAACUUAACCGAUGAUGAUUCUGACGUGGACCAUGUAGUCCAGAAUCAUGCUGACACUAUAGUUAUUGAUGAUGAUGAUUGA